GGGGAAAUGAAUGACGCGAUCACGUAUUUGUAGGCAUGCAGAUAACUUCUAUAAAUAACUAUAAUGGUCAAAUAAUCAAACUUUAUUUAUUUAUUUAAUUUAGUAUUUUACGUCAAGAAUACAAAAAGACGGUUUCACGGGACCAUGGAUCCUACACCGACUUCAGAGAAAUCUCAUCUUAUCAACGAAAGAAAUGCCAAAAUAUACUCCUUAAAACUUAACAGUGAAUUCUCAGGUUCCAAGGAAAGUUGUCCAAACCUGCCUUUGGUAAACGGUGAUAUGGACGGUGCUAUCGAGCUAAAGAGGCCAGUUGGAACUCAUUGCCAUGGAAAUAAAGUAGCAUAUGAGGAGAGCCGCGAGAAGCUUAUAGCGAAGAAGAAACUGUGCAUUGCCUCCAUAGUCUGUCUGGUGUUCAUGAUUGGAGAGGUUAUAGGUGGUUAUCUAGCACACAGUCUGGCCAUCAUGACUGAUGCUGCCCACCUUCUGACUGAUUUGGGCAGUAUGAUGGUCAGUCUGUUCUCCCUGUGGAUCUCCACAAGACCACCAACCAAGAAAAUGAAUUUCGGCUGGCACAGAUCAGAGAUUCUUGGAGCAUUGGUAUCCGUUAUGUCAAUCUGGAUUGUGACUGGAGUGUUGGUUUAUCUUGCCAUUGAGAGGAUUGUAAAAAACGACUACGAGAUUGAAGGCAGCGUGAUGCUUCUCACCUCAGGCUGUGCGGUUGUGGUCAACAUCAUAAUGGCGUACAUUCUACAUCAUUCUACAACCUUCCACGGUCACGGUUCAGGCUACCACAAGAUUGAUGAUAAUGGGAUGAGUCCCGUGGGUCAUGGCCACUCCCACAGCCUCUUGGGUAGCCAUGGUAACACUAGUGUCAGAGCAGCGUUUAUUCACGUUUUGGGGGAUUUGUUACAGAGCUUUGGAGUGAUGGUGGCGGCCAUCAUCAUCUACUUCAGGCCAGAAUACAAAAUAGCAGAUCCCAUAUGCACUUUUCUCUUCUCCGUGUUCGUCCUGGGCACCACCCUAACCAUCCUGAGAGACGUCUUCCGCAUUCUCAUGGAAGGUGCUCCUAAAGGUGUGGAGUUUAAUUCAGUGAAGGAGGUGCUACUUUCUCUGAAGGCAGUGAAGGCGAUGCAUAGCUUACACUUGUGGGCUCUCACCUUGGGCCAGAGUCUGAUAUCUGUUCACAUAGCUAUUGAGGAGAACGCCGACCCUCAGAGUGUCUUAAAGGAAGCCACCGAACUUCUCCAGACCAAAUUUGGCUUUUACACCACCACCAUUCAAGUUGAGCCUUAUUGUGAGGACAUGAUUCACUGCGCCCAGUGCCAGGAUCCUAUGGACUGAGUUCUGCACCGGUGAGACGAGCCUGUCUGUAUAAAAUCUGCGCACACAUAUGAAGCUUCAUUAAGGGUCCAAAACAGAAAUGGAAACGCUGUGCAAAUGUACCAUCCACAUAUCAUUACGAAUAUGUACGCACCACAUACAUUUCUCUGUCCACCAUGGAAACAAAAGGAGAUUUCACACUGUCUGUGCAAUCUUUAUAGGAAUGCCUUUAAAAUGAUGUAUGCAAAGAUAAACUGAAUUGAUCGCUGGGAGAUUGUUAUUGCAACUUUUGCCUGGCUGGCAGCAUACAUUACACCGGGAAUAUUGUAAUUGCCUUUCCGUGGACUCGGUAGGGUAGAAGAUGGGUAUCUAUGUGACUUUCUUAAAAACAAUUAGAAUAGGGUUUAUUAUGCCCUGCUCUCUAAUCAAUGCAAAUGCCUGCCAAAUUGUAAGGCUGAAUAGAGUUCAGUGAAGUGUAAUUAUAGAUUUGUUGGGAAUCUCUCACUAAUGUCUUGUUUGAUGGCAUAUUAGCAUUUACAUUAGCGAGCUUGUGAUUAGCUUAAGCGAGCCCUGUUCUCCUUCAGUGGAUCGGAGUUUGUAAGCCAUCUGUAGGUUAAUUUCCAUAUAGAGUACAAAUACCAUUGCGCUUUAAAAACAUUUCUCUGAUAGCCUAUGUCACUUCUCUCCUAACCAAAAGGGGAAUUAAAUACACAUUGUAGCAGAUCUGUCUGUAUUUGGAAUGGCAUACUACCUCUUACUGCUAUUGCAAUGUAUAGUUAUAUGUAUGCAAAUUUCUGUAUAUAAUACUAGGAUUUUGCCAUAAUGGAGAGUAUGCAGAGUACUGUAUCCCAAAACGAAAUGCACUUGACUCGAGCUUUUAUUUGUAGUGUGACAAAUGACCAACACUGAUGGUAACACUUUAUACACAGCAAAAAAUGAUUUUCAAGAAAUAAAACUCUUAAAUUAAGAUGCAUUUUCUUUAUGA